GAGUUGAAGGCUUUGACUCACAAGAAACAGGACCUCCCUUCUCUGCUCAGGUCUGUGAGUCUACAUGCUUAUAUAUAUAUAUAUAUAUAUAUAUAUAUAUUUCUAACAGCUUUUUUUCCAGAAAAUAGGAGUUAUAUGUCAAGUCAGGAAAGUUCUAUAACUAUUUACAUGCCAGGUAACUGUAGCUUACAUGUUUGAGUAGAAAUACUGAAGGCAAAUAGUGCUUUGCUUGUCUGAGGUUUAAUACACUCUGUAUCACUAUAUCUGGUGUCCAUAAUCAGGGCAGUCCUACCGAAGAUUAAGAAGUUAUGUUGCUGAUAUAAUAGGCCCUACCUCUUAAGCAAGGUAUAUUUGGGGUAUUAGAAGGCUGAAGUUUGAAUGAGAAUUAACACACAAAUGAAAUAAUCUUAUGGAAGGUCAUUUUACUUCAGAGGUAACACAACUUCACAUUAAUGAAGAGACAAGUAGUAUGCAUUUCAUUCAAUUAUCAUAAUCAUGUAUGAAUAGUGCCCAUUUUAAAGACCUGAGCACUAUAUAUUAAACAGAUACUCAAUGGGAACACUUCUAGACAAUGGAAAUGUUACAAUAUACACAUCUAUGAAAUUAUUUGAAUGCUGAUGUUACACCACACAAAUAAACAAUAGAACAUGAUGAAAAUGGUAACAUUAUAUUGAUGGUGAUAGAAGUUUUACUAAAAGAUGAUGAGAAAAUCUACAACAGAAACUUAUGUAUCUGACAUUUAUUUAUCUUACAAAAAUAUUCAUCACCAAAUAAAAACUACAAACAAAAAAUUUUAUGUGCUGAAGUUCAAUGUCAGGAAGCCAAAAUUUUUUAUUAACUAUCUCAUUGUAAGUAAAUUAAAAAGACUUAAUUGAUUCUGAAUCAACUAUUCAAACUGCAUUUUGAAAUAGUGAGUCUUUAUUUUACAAUAAAAAUAUUAAUUUCCCCUUGUCUUGGAUGAGCUGUUAUUUCCAUUAAUUCAUAUUUAAAGAAAAAUUUUCUGUAUUAUACUUGUCUAAAACAAAUAUUUCAUCUCACCACAGAAUCAGCAGAAAUAAAUCUGUUAGAAUUUACCUUGCUUGUCUAUAUAAGAGUCUUUUGUGUAUUACAGAAAUUAGGCCAGAGCCAGAAGUGGUGUCACAUGUCUUUAAUCUCAGUACUCAGGAAGCAGAGGUAGAUUAUCUCUGUAAAUCUGAGGUAGCCAUGGCUGCAGAGAGACACACUGUCUUACAAAAAAAUGUUAAUUAAUAAGUAACAAAAACUAAAACCUGGAUCAGUUUCUGAAGUAAAUCUCUCAUCAUUCUCACAUAAUGGCAUUGAUUCGUGAUCGAAAGUCUCAUCACCCAGAGAUGAGCAAAUGCCAUAAUUACGACCUCAAGCCAGCAAAGUGGGAUACUUCUCAAGGACAACAGAAACAAAGAUCAGCACUAACUACCAGUCAACAUGGAGAAAAUGGUAUCAGAAGAGGAAGAUCCCCUAUAGAAGAACUCAAAAUAUCUCCAUUGUUGGUUGUUCGAGUCCUUGCUAUAGCCUUGGCAAUUCGAUUCACCGUUAUCACAUUGAUGUGGCUUGCCGUUUUCACAACUUUGUUGUGCAACAAGGAAGUUCCAGUUUCCUCAAGAGAGGGCUACUGUGGCCCAUGCCCUAACAACUGGAUAUGUCACAGAAACAACUGUUACCAAUUUUUUAAUGAGAACAAAACCUGGAACCAGAGCCAAGCUUACUGUUUGUCUCAAAAUUCCAGCCUUCUGAAGAUAUACAAUAAAGAAGAGCAGGACUUCUUAAAGCUGGUUAAGUCCUAUCACUGGAUGGGACUAGUCCAUAUCCCAGCAAAUGGCUCCUGGCAGUGGGAAGAUGGUUCCUCUCUCUCACCCAAUCAGUUAACACUGGUGGAAAUACCAAACGGAUCCUGUGCUGUCUAUGGUUCAAGCUUUAAGGCUUACACAGAAGACUGUUCAAAUCUAAAUACGUACAUCUGCAUGAAAAGGGCAGUGUAA